AACACAGCUCCAGAUACGACAGCUACUGGGUUGGAUCAAUGGGCAGGGGAAGAGGCAGAGGGAGGAAGAUCAUCCCAAACAGCAGGAGCCACGAAGACUACAAGGGGAGCGGCAGCGAAGAGGUCGCGCCUGCCAGGAAGAGGAGAGGGAGGCCCCAAAAGCAGAAAGUCGAUCCAGCACAAGUCAAGAAUUUGGUAGAGGGUGUCUUAAAUGGCAAUGCAGACUAUCAGCAAGUGGAAGGAGACGAUGCAAAGCUCGAGGAAAAUGGGAGCAAGAGGAACAGGGUGCCCCAAGAAGAGGGCUCUGACCAUCAUGACCUGGAAGAGAACAGCUCAAGCACCACCCGGUCUAGCAACGAUGAGUCAGCAACUAGGUCAAGUGGGGGGUUCCGGCUCAACGGGAGCCGACGGAAGAGCACUCCGAGGCGGGCGGCGGAAGCAGGCCUGUAG